CCGGCAAAAUCCGAACCCCCGCCUCGCCGUCGCACCGGCUCCACUCGUCCCGGAUCAACCACCUGACCUCCUCCACAGCCUCGACACACGUGCCCGUCCCGAGCGACCUCCAACCAGCAGCAGCCUCGCCCCGGCCGCCGCGACCGUCCCCGCACCCCCCUCGUCUCGCUCGAGGCAACGAAACGGAUGGGAGCAGCGGCCUGACGCGAUGAGCCCGCCCGCCAUGCUGCUGCCCGUCUGCUCCGCCGCGCCCAGCUGCUCCCCCCUCUGCCCGGUGACGGCGUCGCACGUCGUCGCGCGGGUGCCGCGGAGGGUGGACGUCGGCGCCGCGCUAAGGUCCUACGCCGACCCGCUCGUCGCGCAGGUGCCCGACCGCCCGCCGCUCGCCGACUCCUCCAUCCUCUCCCCCUACACCGCCGCGCCGGACGACAUCGCGCGAGCCUUCGGCGCCCCCGCCUCCGAGCUCCCGCCGCUCCCUAGCGCUGACCCCAGCGCCGGGCUAUGUUGCACGGGCACCGACCAGCCGCUCACGGCCGUCGCGGACCUGGCCGCCACCGCCGUGGUCAACUCGGCCCCCACCGAUGCCGCGGAGCGGGCCCUGUCGGACGCGCCGUUCCCCAGCACGUUCCCGUCCGACGCGUCCGAGGUCGAGGACUCCGUGGCCAGGUUCAUCGAUAAGGUCGGCAAGCAGGUGUUCCAGGCGGAGGACGCGCUCACCGAGGCCUACGACAAGCUGAGGCUGUCGGCGUACGACGCGCUCGGUGCGUGGAGGAAGACGGUGCGCGACACGAUCGGUGGGCUCAAGGCGUCGGUCGACGCCGGUAAGGAGCAGGCCGCAGGAGGGGUCACGGACGCUUCCGGCGCGUUGCAGGCGAAGGUGGCCGGAGCUGGGGCUGUGGCUGUUGAUGUUCUUAGGAAAGCGAUUGUUGCAGCAGAGGAUUCACUGGGCAGUGCAGCCACAUUCGUUGUGUAUUCUUAUGGGUCUGCCAAGGAGUCUCUACCACCAAAUGUUAGAGAUUUGUUGAGCUCGUCUGAGGAGAAAGCUGGUCUAGUUUUGAGACCAAUUGGAAAUGCUCUGCAACAGGUAUAUGUAAUUGUUGAAGGUGUUGAAAAGAAUGUUGGUUUCGAUCCAAGCGAUCCGAUUGUUCAAUUGGCAGUUGUGCUUGGAGGUUCAGUGACAAUAGGGACAACGUACUGGCUCUUCAUAUACGGUGGCUAUUCUGGAGACUUGUCACCUGAAUCAGCGUUGGAGUUAUUGAAAAAUGAUGGCAAAGCCGUACUUGUUGAUGUUCGGCCUGAGAAUUUGAGGGAAAAAGAUGGUGUUCCUGAUCUACGCCUUGGGGCUAGGUCUAAAUAUGCAAGUGUAGAUUCACCUGAGAUCAAAGGCCCAGUUAAGAGUAUGCUUAAAGGUGGAAGAGAGGUUGAUGACGCCUUACUGGCAGCUGUCAUUCGAAACUUGAAAUUGGUGAAGGGUGAUUCAAAGGUCAUAGUUAUGGAUUAUAAUGGAGCUCGAUCAAAAGCCAUUGCUAGGUUACUGAAGAAGCUCGGUGUGCAGAGACCUUACCUUGUUAAAGGUGGUUUCCAAGCAUGGUCAAAGAACCUUCGUGUCAAAGAACUGAAACCUGAGACUGCAUUAACGUCAAUAAAUGAGGAUGUUGAGGAAAUCCUCGAACAAAUAAAGCCCACCCCAACUCUUGUGUUUGGAUCUCUUCUGGGCCUCUCAGCACUUUCCUAUGCUUUACUUGAAUGGGAGAUGACUUUGCAAUACAUCGCUGUUCUAAGCGUAGGGCUGACUAUCUACUUGCGAUUCUCUACAUACGAACGUUCUGAGGACUUGGAGCAAGACCUAAAGCUGUUGCUGUCUCCAGUAAGAGUAGGCGCAGACGCCGUAUCAUGGGCAGCUAAGAAGAUAGAGCCAAACAAGGUGGGCCUGCCGACGUCCCCCUCCACGACGGCGGUGAAAGACCGGGUUCUCCAGGCCGCAGCGAAGCACGAGUCACAGCCAGCGGACGCCGAAGAGUCGUCGGCCCAAACAGCCGAGGCAUGACGCGCUGAAACCUGAAAGGUUGGGAACCAGUGGAGCGGAUGAGCGCAAGAGGUUUCUGAUGUAAUUUGUGAAUUCGAUGUCGUUUCUGAUGUGAGGUGUUGGUUUUGAGUCACUGUAAAGCAGCUGUAAAUUAAUCGUGUGAGCAGCAUCUGUAAGUUGCCACCAACUUGGGUUGAGUGUGUGUGUGUGUGUAGACUAUAGAGAAAGAGGUGCCGAUGUUAAUUCCUGAGCCUGUUUUAGCUGUCUACGAUCGAUCUUGCCUGUCUGAGUUCAGUAAAAAUGGUCCGUGGUCCAAGUCCAGUGCAACUACUUGGCUGUCAGGUUUAGCUA